CCUCCAGAGGGGGAGAGCGAAGCAGCUGUCUGCUGCGCAGAGGCUGGAGGGGAAGCGUGUGUGUCGCGCAGUUAUGUGUGGAUGCGGGUGGUUUUGCAGCCGGCUGUGUUAUGCAGGUGCCCGGAGCCGUGUGUGUGUAAGGAGUGGCCGUAUCCUCCUGGCCCUGGCAUUGCGGUCAGUGUUGUGGGACGCAGGAUGUCCCGGCGGUGCGUGUGAGGAGGGAGGCUCACAGCCACCCGCGUACUCCGUGUUUUGUCCGUGAUGAGUUGGUGAUUGCUGAGGCUGCAGCUUCGAGUGGGUUUAGAUACAUUCCCCGUGGCUGCUGGUGAGGAUCCUGCGAGGAAUGUACUCUGGUCGGGCACCUGAAAUGGCUGCAGAUGACAAACGCUCUCCCACACUGGACUCUACCAGUGAUCUACCUCGUUCUCCCAGCAGUCCAUCUCAUCUCACUCACUUCAAACCCCUGACUCCUGACCAGGACGAGCCUCCUUUUAAAUCAGCUUACAGUUCUUUUGUAAAUCUCUUCCGUUUCAGCAAAGAUGAUGGCAGACUUUCAUCCCCAGCAGAGAGAGCAGAGGCAGGACAGAGUGAUCCACAGGCAUUGAGUGGUGGCUGGUCCAGUCCUCAGCAUCCCACGAGGGCUCAGUCUCUAAGAUCACCAAUUGCUUACAAAAAACAACUGAGUGGUGAGCUGCAAAGAAGAUCUUCUGCAACUCUGGACAAUCGAAGGAAAGUAGAACCCCCUCUUGGAAGUCAUGAUCCUCGAACUGCAGUUCAGUUAAGAAGCCUCAGCACUGUUUUAAAACGGCUCAAAGAAAUCAUGGAGGGGAAGAGCCAGGACAGUGACUUGAAGCAGUACUGGAUGCCUGACAGCCAGUGCAAAGAAUGUUAUGACUGUAGCGAGAAAUUCACCACUUUCCGAAGGAGGCACCACUGUCGACUUUGUGGGCAGAUCUUUUGUAGUCGAUGCUGCAAUCAGGAAAUCCCUGGAAAAUUUAUGGGCUACACAGGGGAUCUCCGAGCCUGCACUUACUGCCGUAAAAUAGCCUUGAGCUACGCACACUCCACAGACAGCAACUCCAUUGGAGAAGACUUAAAUGCCCUGUCGGAUUCGGCGUGCUCUGUGUCCGUGCUGGAUCCUGGCGAGCCACGCACACCGGUUGGGAGCCGCAAAGCCAGCCGCAACAUCUUCCUGGAGGAGGAUCUGACCUGGCAAAGUUUGAUUCACCCAGACUCUUCAGCUACCACAUUGUCUGCACGCCUUGGGUCUGUCCAGGAGGAUGCAGGGAAGUCACCAGCUAGAAACAGGUCAGCCAGCAUCACUAACCUGUCUCUGGAUCGGUCAGGGUCGCCCAUGGUGCCUGCCUACGAGACGUCAGUCAGCCCGCAGGCCACUCGCACUCAUAUGAAGGCAGAGACCAGCGAGGAUGAGCGCAAAAUCCUUCUGGACUCAGUCCAGCUGAAAGAUCUGUGGAAGAAAAUCUGCCAUCAUAACAGUGGUAUGGAAUUUCAAGACCAUCGCUACUGGCUGCGGACACAUCCCAACUGCAUUGUGGGCAAAGAACUGGUCAACUGGCUCGUGAGAAACGGGCACAUAACCACAAGGGUCCAGGCCAUUGCAAUAGGACAGGCACUGGUUGAUGGACGUUGGCUGGAAUGUGUCAGUCAUCAUGAUCAGCUUUUCAGAGAUGAAUAUGCUCUCUACAGACCAUUGCAGAGCACAGAGUUCUCAGAAACCCCAUCUCCAGACAGUGACUCUGUGAACUCUGUAGAGGGCCACUCUGAGCCAUCCUGGUUCAAAGACAUCAAGUUUGAUGACAGUGACACAGAGCAGAUUGCUGAUGAAGGGGAAGACAACUCAGCCAACUCCGCCAGCCCUAGCAAGCGCACUUCAGUCAGCAGCUUCCAGUCCACAAUGGACAGUGAUUCGGCCGCCUCCAUCAGCCUGAACGUGGAGCUGGACAACGUGAACUUCCAUAUCAAGAAGCACUCCAAGUACCCACAUGUGCCCCCUCACCCUGCCGACCAAAAAGAGUACUUGAAUCCUGAAAACGGAGGGCAGCAGAUGUUCUCUAUAAGUGAUGCUUUUAUUAAAGAGUCGUUAUUCAACAGGAGGGUGGAGGAGAAGUCCAAAGAGCUCUUAUUCACACCCCUAGGCUGGCACCACAGCAAUCUGGAUCUGCUGAGAGAAGAGAAUGGGGAGAAACAAGCCAUGGAAAGGCUGCUGUCUGCUAAUCACAACCACAUGAUGGCACUCCUUCAGCAGCUCCUAUACAAUGAGUCUCUGUCACUGUCCUGGAGGGAUAUUAUUGUACCCGUGGUCUGCCAGGUAGUUCAAACGGUACGGCCAGAUGUCAAGAAGAGAGAUGAUGACAUGGAUAUCCGCCAGUUUGUCCACAUCAAAAAAAUCCCUGGUGGAAAGAAAUUUGACUCCAUGGUGGUGAAUGGAUUUGUUUGCACUAAGAAUGUUGCACACAAAAAGAUGAACUCUUGCUUAAAAAAUCCCAGAAUUCUUCUGCUAAAAUGCUCAAUUGAGUACCUCUACCGAGAAGAAACAAAGUUUACUUGCAUAGAGCCUAUAGUACUUCAGGAAAGGGAGUUCUUGAAGAACUAUGUACAGCGGAUAGUUGAUGUUCAACCCAAUUUGGUCCUUGUUGAGAAGACUGUGUCCAGAAUUGCUCAGGACAUGCUCUUAGAGCAUGGUAUCACUCUGGUCAUCAAUGUCAAGCCGCAAGUGUUAGACCGGGUAAGUCGAAUGACCCAGGGAGAUUUAGUGAUGUCAAUGGAUCAACUGUUGACCAAACCACAGUUGGGGACCUGUCAUAAAUUUUAUAUGCAAGUUUUUCAGUUGCCCAAUGAUCAGACAAAACCCCUGAUGUUCUUUGAAGGAUGUCCCCAGCACCUGGGUUGCACUAUCAAGUUGUGUGGUGCUGCAGAGUACGAGCUGGCUCGUGUGAAGGAGAUUCUGAUCUUCAUGGUCUGUGUGGCUUAUCAUUCCCAGCUGGAAAUCUCAUUUCUUAUGGAUGAGUUUGCCAUGCCCCCUACUCUCACCAAAAACACUUCCUUUCACUCCCUUAUUGAGGAGACAGGAGAUGAAAAUGAACAACAGGACCUCUUCAAUGGGGAGGACUUCAGCACAGCAGUCAAAGACAUUGAACUAUCCUCUGAAAAGCUGCCUGUAAUCUCUGAAUCAGUGUCCUCUGAUGAGGUCAGUUUGCCUGAACCAAGAGGUGUAUUUGACAGAGGUGACCAAGAGAACAGUCAGCUGGAAACGGUGUCCUCCAAGCAGCAAGAGCACCUCAAAGGAGAGUCACCAUUUGCAAUAUUCAGCUCUGUACCUCAUGCAAUACCUGAAACAUCCCCACUGCCCCUCCAUGGCAUGGACCAGCACUUGGCCACUCUGGAUAACCAGGCACUAGAGCCUCUUGAACAGGCAGAUGAUUUACAGGAGUCCAAGUGUCAGAUGAGAGUCUUCAGAGACCCUCUCCAGGAUGAUACUGGUUUAUAUAUCACGGAAGAGGUAACUUCAUCUGAGGAUCGUCUCAAAACUUACUCUGCAGCAUUUAAGCAGGAGUUGAAAGAUGUCAUUCUCUGCAUUUCUCCAGUGCUGAUGUUCCGUGAACCAUUUCUUUUGACUGAAAAAGGCAUGAGAUGCCCUGCCCGGGAAUACUUUCCUGAGCAAGUUUAUUGGUCUCCUCUCCUCAAUAAGGAGUACAAGGAGUUGGAGAGCAGAAGGAAGAAGCAAUUGUUGCGGGAUUUCUCUGGACUACAAGGGAGGAAUGGGAGUAUCCAAGCCAAGGCUAUCCAAAUCUUACCUUCUCAUGAGUUGGUUAAUACUAGAAUAGCAGAACAUCUACGUGAUAGCCAGAGCUUAGCCAGAAUGCUGGCUGACUAUCGGGCCAGAGGAGGGAGGAUACUACAGAAAAGCACAGAUCCUUUUGCCCAAAAUAAGGAUGUGUGUAAUGUCCCUACUGGAAAAACUGGGAGCAGAAUGGAAGAGGAGGAGAAGGGAUUGGCUCAGAGUGACUCCUCAUGGUCUCAUAAGGUGGAUUGCCUGAGUCCAGUAAACCAUCAGAGGCUCUGUGUUCUCUUCAGCAGCUCUUCUGCUCAGUCCAGCAAUGCUCCAAGUGCCUGUGUUAGCCCCUGGAUUGUGACCAUGGAGUUCUAUGGGAAAAAUGACCUAACUCUAGGGAUUUUUCUGGAGCGCUACUGUUUCAGGCCUUCUUACCAAUGCCCCAGCAUGUUCUGUGAAACACCGAUGGUGCACCACAUCCGUCGCUUUGUUCAUGGGCAAGGCUGUGUGCAGAUUGUGUUAAAGGAGCUGGACUCCCCCGUCCCUGGGUACCAGCACACCAUCCUUACUUACUCCUGGUGCAGACUGUGCAAACAGGUGACACCAGUUGUUCCCCUUUCCAAUGACUCUUGGUCUAUGUCUUUUGCAAAAUACCUUGAGCUGAGGUUCUAUGGGUACCAGUACACUCGAAGAGCCAACGCAGAGCCUUGUGGGCAUUCCAUUCACCAUGACUAUCACCAGUAUUUUUCCUAUAAUCAGAUGGUGGCAUCUUUCAGCUACUCUCCAAUCCGGCUGCUGGAAGUGUGUGUCCCACUCCCCAAGAUCUACAUCAAACGACAGGCUCCAUUAAAAGUUACUAUUUUGCAGGAUCUCAAGGAUUUCUCACAAAAGGUGUCACAAGUGUAUCUUGCUGUGGAUGAUCGCCUUGCUUCUCUGAAAACAGAUACCUUCAGCAAAACGAGGGAAGAGAAGAUGGAAGAUCUCUUUGCCCAAAAGGAGAUGGAAGAAGGAGAGUUUCAAAACUGGACUGAGAAAAUCCAAGCUAGGUUGCUUUCAUCAUCACUGGACACACCUCAACAACUGCAAUCUGUUUUUGAGUCUCUAAUAGCUAAAAAGCAAGGACUUUGUGAGAUGCUACAAGCCUGGAAUAAUAGAUUGCAGGAUCUCUUCCAACAAGAGAAAGGUAGAAAACGUCCAUCAGUACCACCCAGCCCUGGGAGACUGAGGCAGGGUGAAGAAAGCAAGAUCAGUAGCAUGGAUGCUUCCCCACGCAAUGCUUCUCCAGCGUUGCAGAAUGGAGAGAAAGAGGAUCGUUUCCUGACGGCUUUAUCAAGUCAGAGCUCCACAGGCUCUACCCAUCUACAGCUGCCCACCUCUCCAGAGGUUGCAUCAGAGCAUAUGACUGGUGCCAACACACUCUUUGAACAGGACACAACAAGCAGCUCAGAAGAUGUGUUUGAUGGGCACUCACUGGGAUCUACAGACAGCCAAGUGAAGGAGAAGUCUACUAUGAAAGCUAUUUUGGCUAACUUUUUGCCUGGAAACAACUAUAACCCCAUUCCCUUUCCCUUUGACCCAGAUAAGCACUACUUAAUGUAUGAACAUGAACGUGUACCUAUUGCAGUCUGUGAGAAAGAACCAAGCUCCAUCAUAGCCUUUGCUCUCAGUUGCAAGGAAUACAGAAAUGCCCUGGAUGAGUUGUCCAAAGCAUCUCUGAAGAGCAAUUCUGAAGAAGGACUACAACCAAACAGCAUGUCAGACAGCAAGCCCAAGAGCAGCAGCCCUGUUCGCCUGCCAGAGGCUAACAUGUGUCCCCUUCGCAGUGCAGAGCCAGAGCAGCCAAAGAAACCAUCUGGUGUUUUGUCUUUCUUCCGUGGCACGGGAGGGAAGAGCCCAGACUUGUCUUCCCAGAAGAAAGAGACCUUACGUGGUGCUGACAGUGCUUACUACCAGGUUGGACAGAUGGGCAAAGAGGGAGCAGAAAACCAAGGAGCAGAGGCCCAAGAUGAUGGAGAUGGAGGAGAUGGACAGAAGAAACAGGUGGUGAAUCCCCAUGUAGAACUCCAAUUCUCAGAUGCGAAUGCCAAGUUCUAUUGCCGGAUUUAUUAUGCUGGGGAGUUUCACAGGAUGCGUGAAGUGAUCCUGGGGAGCAGUGAAGAGGAUUUCAUCCGAUCCCUCUCUCACUCCAUGCCCUGGCAGGCACGAGGUGGCAAAUCUGGAGCUGCGUUCUAUGUGACUGAGGAUGAUAGAUUCAUCUUGAAGCAAAUGCCUCGUCUGGAAGUCCAGUCAUUCCUUGACUUUGCCCCACACUACUUCACUUACAUCACUAAUGCAGUUCAGCAGAAGAAGCCCACAGCACUGGCUAAAAUCCUUGGGGUGUAUCGAAUUGGUUACAAGAACUCACAAAACAACACUGAAAAGAAGCUGGAUCUGCUUGUCAUGGAAAACCUUUUCUAUGGCAGGAAAAUGGCUCAGGUAUUUGACCUGAAGGGCUCCCUCCGGAAUAGAAAUGUUAAAACAGACACAGGCAAGGAAACUUGUGAUGUGGUCCUGCUGGAUGAAAACCUUCUGAAGAUGGUUCGGGACAAUCCUUUGUACAUCCGUUCCCAUUGCAAAGCUGUGCUGAAAGCCUCCAUACACAGCGAUUCCCAGUUCCUCUCCAGCCAUCUCAUCAUUGACUAUUCCCUGCUGGUGGGUCGUGAUGAUACCAACAAUGAGCUGGUCGUUGGGAUCAUUGACUAUAUUCGUACUUUUACCUGGGACAAAAAGCUUGAAAUGGUGGUAAAGUCAACUGGCAUCUUGGGAGGACAAGGUAAGAUGCCCACUGUGGUCUCUCCAGAACUGUACCGGACCAGGUUUUGUGAAGCUAUGGACAAGUAUUUCCUGAUGGUGCCAGACCAUUGGACAGGACUGGGCCUGAAUUGCUGAGCUAAAGCCCAUAUUGGGAAAGCACAAGAGGACAAUGACAUAGGCCACUCUCUUCCAGCAGUCUGUCCAGCAGCAAGUAAGAGGAUUGCAGUUCCAUGUCUACACUGACCACGUGCAUCCUGUUGCAGAGUGUGAAAUCUGCUUGCACUUUAAUCUCCUCUUGGAGGGUAAUAAGCAAACCUGCCUCAGUAAGGAUCUAAACUGUAAGGUUCCACUGAACAACACUGGUAAGUGACAUCCCUGCUGUCAGUAGGGAAGGUGAUGUUAUCUCCUUGUAAGUACUGGACUGAGAUUCUAUCCAGAUCCUCAUGGUGAAGAAGUACACAAUCUCUGGAAGUCUUGCACUGCCAUAAUGGUGUUGAAUGUGAGCAGCUCAUGUUUCUGUAGUGGAUACUUGGUACUGAAAAUGUGAAAUAAACCGCACAAAUGUGGAUGGGGGAGAGAAGAAUGAAGUUAAUUCAUGAGUUCUGCUAUUGUUGCAGUGGUCUGUAAAUGAUCUAUUUAGGAUCCAUUACUAAUUUUUGCUCUUUAUGCUCCUUAGUUUUAAUUCUUACUGGGUUCUGUAAACAGUAUUUUUUCUUAGGCAGCUCCACAUCUAUAAUGCCCUAUGACUCCAUCUUUUAAGUUACUGCAGUACAGCUCUGGUUUAGCUGUCAUAAUUGCAUUUUAGCUGAAUCCCAUAAAAAUGGGCUGUUAGUCAUCAGUAUACUGCAAAACUCAAAAUAUAUCCCUUCAUUCCUAAACAGUACUGUGAUCUGAAUGUUGCUCAAAUUCCUGGAAACAGGUAACUAACAUACCCUUUAAUAUAACAAGACAUGAUUAAUUAUAGUUAUGAAGCAGAUUAACCCUUUUUUUAGUAAAGGUAGUAAGUUGCUAGACAAAGUGAAGCAUACUGCAACUUUCUUCUUAAUGCAACUAUCAUUCCUGGCAGAUCACUUCAAAUCCAUUUCAGUUCCCCUUUACUUUCAAGCAAUGCAAUUACCUCAUGGUGAAAUUUUGCCAGAAGAAUGUUUUUCUUGUGUUCAUGACAUGAUUUUUUUUUGGUCACAGAGAUGAAUGUAGUUGUUUUCUGUAAAAAGGAAAACCUGAACUAACAGGUAUCUUGUAUGAUGCAUAAGAUGUGCAGAGAUCUGUGAAUCUCUAUAGUAUUACAAUAAGCGUUUCUUUCCAUGUUUUAAAAAAUUUACUCAUUUUUGUAGGUGAUGAGUUUACUUUUUAGUUUCAUUAUAAUACAGGCCAGUAAAUAAGAGUUUUAAUGAGUUUGAAAGGCAAGUAAACUGUCCUUUGACUUCAGUCUCUGAUGGACAAACAUCAAAUGAACAUGGAAUCUGGGACAGGAUAGCUCUUGGUGAUCACUUGCACAUUCUAACCAGUUGCUUCUUAACACACUCAUCACUGUAACUAUGGAUUGAAAUGUGCAUUUUGUUCACUUCUCCAGUGUUCAGUAUUUUUUCUGCAGCAGAUGGUAGUGGCUGUUCAGGAGUGACCAACAGUGGGCAUCACUGGGAAAGGAAAAGGCGAGCAGUGAGACCUGAGCUACUUGCUCUAAAACCAACCAGUGCAGCUCUUGUUUGAGCUGCCAGGAGGCAACAUUUGUGUUGGAAGGAGCCUUCACCACCCUAUUGUAACACUGUACUAGAGGAUGAGCAAAGAUGCUGGCCUUGAAGCAGCAGAAAAAAAAGUGUACUGAUUUCCUCAGUACAAUGUGAGAAUAGUUUCUGGGGGUGCAGUGUUGGAGGCUGCAGUGAUAUGUGCUGUGGAAAGAUGACACAGUAUUCCUUCCUUCAGUCCAACAGUGCAUCAGGUACAGCUGAUCACCUCUGGGAUGCAUCUUGCCUCUUUUGUUGAAAUAUUCUCCCAAGAUGCCUGCCUCUGUGUGUGGCCAUGUCUAAUGAGGGCAACCAGUCCAUCAGCUCAGUGCUACUCCCACUUCUGUGGUCUCUACCUACUGUCUUGGUUCAUCAGCGUGAAAGAACCUGCCAUGCAGCCUAUGUUCUAGUCUCAGCUGAAGUUUAAUGUGUUCUCCUCCUUCUCAAAGUUUACAGGUUAAAACUUGACUGUCCUGGCCAGCUAAGGUGACCCAGCAGCAGCUAAUUAUGUUGUCUCCCACCUUUGUCAGUAUGUGGAUUGGUGGAUGCAGCACGAGUGUGGGCAUGUGUGUCAUGCCACCUGCACUGGGCUAAUGUGGCAUGCUGGCCUGGUCUGUCACCAGUAACCCUUAUCCUUGUCCUGGGAUGUGUGGCUGCUCUGUGCUGCUUGUCAGCCAGAGUCCUGAGCUGUAAGCAGCUUCAUCAUCAUCUAACAGUUGCUAAUGCUCCUCUGAAUGUGACAGUAUGAGGCCCUAUGAAGCACUGCAGGAGGGAGAGAAUCUUCCACUGUUUUGCAGCCUAUGAACAGGGCCAGAGACAUGUGAAUGGUGACCUUCUUGGGCUGAAGUUACAGCAGCUGGAGAGAUUUGUAGGAAUGAUCUUGAGCUGGCAUCAACAGAUAAUUUCUGGCCAGGAUUCGGCUGAUAGACUAGUCCUGAUUAGACUGGAGUAUAGAGUAAACUACUGGUCAUGUGUAUCACAGUAGCUGCAGUAUCAGCUGGAGUUGGGUCAUCUUGGAUGUCCUGCGAUAGAAAGCUGUAAGCAUUUCUAGUCCAAAUCCCAGCAGCUGAAUGGGUCUCCUCAAAUAUUCCAUUUUCAGUAUAUUUGUCCUGACAUUUCAAUUACUACCAAGCUUACUUUUCUCAGAAGGAGAGCAGUACUUCAUGCAGAGCAAAUCUUUGAGAGCUGCUUGGGAGGCCAUGUUCAGUCUGUGUCCUUGUAGAAUUCCUAAGGAUGAACCCUCUGGUCAGAGCUUAUUUCUCUAUGACAUGGGUUUAGCAUUUAAGUAAGUAAAUUCCAGUUGCAAAUAUGAAGACUGAAUUUCUUCAGAGAUACACUGACUCUUCUGUUCUUUGAUCUGAGGCCUUGAGACGAAUGUCUAAAUCUUGUCCAAGUCAGAAGCAAUGACUUUGAGUCAACAUGUGGACAGCAGAAUGCCUUCUAGUGGCCCAGGGAUGCAUUCUGUCCCCAAAAAACACGAGGGACUCUUGCUGGCAGAGCAGUUCUAGUGGGCUCAGGGGAGUUACUUGUGGAGUCUCCCCUGUCAGAAUGACCAAAACCAAAUGAAUCGCUCACUAGCUGGUGGCCAGGCUAGUCAUUCUUGAAAGCACUUAAUGUACUAUAAUAUAUGCAUUUAUAUUCUAACUUGGUUCAGCUGUAUUUUAUAAAAUUGAUGUACUAAACUAUUUGAGAAUAAUUGCCUUGACUACUUGGAAAAUCAAAAUAUAAUGUACAUAGAUACAAAUAAAGUGACUAAAGUAUACUUGA